AUGCAUGCAAGCCAAGUUCACCCGCUACCCGUUCCAUAGCUCGGAGACAACGGCGAAGGCACCACUUGAUGAGGUGGUGAUGGAUGUGGUGGGCCCCUUGAAGCUUGGAGCUGCUGGAGCUGAGUACUUCCUCACCAUUGUGGACGUCUACACUCGCAUGACUUGGGUAUAUGUGCUGCCCAAGAAGAGUGACGUGGCUGAAACGGUGAAGACCGAUUGGUUGCCGAUGGUGGAGCGGCAACAAGACCGGCUUGUGAAGGCGAUUCGCACUGACCGUGGGGGAGAGUUCCUGAGCAAGGACUUCUCAACUUGGCUGAAGAAGCAGGGCAUAAGGCACUCUCUUACCAUGCCCUACUCUCCUGCAAUGAACGGCAUUGCCGAGCGUGCGAAUCGGACACUCACGGAGACGGCUCGGGGACUUCUCAUUGAAGCCGGUCUACCCAAUUACUUUUGGCCGGAUGCGGUGCGGCAUGCUUGUGUGGCCAAGAACAGAGCCUUGACUCACGUGGGAGAAGACAAAUGGGUGCCCUAUGUGGAAGAUUGCAAGUUCAUGGAGAACUUACCGUACAAGGAGUGGAAGGCGGAGAACCAAGCGAAGAUUGGUGUGCGGCUUGGAGAGGUGAAGAGUACCGGCUUGGAGCAUGUGGAGCUGCCCUUGGAGCUGAGUAGCAGCAGCACUAUCACAAGGCAAUCUCCUCAAAUGAAUGGGGGAGAAGAGGAGGAGGAGGUGCAGCAAGGUGAUGAGCGUACACCGUCACUUCCGCCUCGUGCUACAAGUGCUCGCGGGAACCGAGCAGAUUUGCAGCAACGCCAUGAGAGCAUCCAAGUCCCUGCAGUAGAGGAGGAAGGAAGGGGGAGAAGGAAGACUCAGCCCCCCAAUAGGUUGAGCUAUGAACGGCUUGGAGGAGCAGCCAACUCAACCUUGACCGGUUCGGCUCUCAUGCUAGGCGAUGAAGCGGAAGAUGAAAGCGAGGAGUGCGCUUUUGCCUUCUUCUCUCCGGUGGAGAUCCUGGGGGAGCCUACAAAUCCCAAGGAGGCUUGGGAGGGCCCCAAUGGGAAGGAGUGGAAGAAGGCCUCAGAUGAAGAGAUGGGGAGCAUCAUCGAGAACGACACGUUUGACUUGGUGAACCUACCUCCGGGGCGUAAGGCGAUCUCUUCCAAGUGGCUCUUCAAGCGCAAGACCGACGCCGACGGCAACAUUGAGCGCUACAAGAGCAGACUUGUAGCCAAGGGGUACCAGCAGCAGGAGAAGAAGGACUACAAUGAAGUAUAUGCUCCUGUGGUGAAGGGUACAACCCUUCGAACCCUCUUCGCCGCGGCGGCCAUCAAAGGAUGGGUGGUGAAGCAAAUGGAUAUCGUAACGGCCUUCCUCAACGGCGUUUUGGAGGAAGAGACCUACAUGGAGCAGCCAGAGGGGUACAAUGAUGGGAGUGGCAGAGUGUGGAAGCUGAAGAAAGCACUCUAUGGCCUCAAGCAAGCCCCUAGGCAAUGGUACAUCAAGCUGCGGGAAGUCUUGGAGGCGAUCGGUUUCACUCCCUCAACGGCCGAUCAAUCAUUGUUCAUGCUUGGCGAGGGGGAGCAGAGGAGCUUCAUGGUGGUUUAUGUGGAUGACAUCCUCAUAUUCUCACCCUCCUCUGACCUUGUGAAGGAGGUGAUGCUGAAGCUUCAAGACAAGUUCAAGUGCAAGACCCUUGGUGACAUUCUUGAACUUUGAUUGAACUCUUGAGAUUGAGUUAAG